ACCAAAAUUAUAUCACACCGGGUUCACCGGAUGUCACGCCAUAUAUAGCAUUGUUUGCCUAUGCCCUCUCCACUGCGCAAAUCGCCAAGAUGCCAAAAGAGGAGGAAAAAAAGGGGGUUCGCCGUUCAGAUUGGGUAGGACCCGGAGGAGACUUACAUGGGGUCUCCACCGCGGAUUGACCGUUACACUGCCGGCAGCCGAGGCUCAGGACGAACGACUGAAGAACUACAUAGUCGGCGGGGGUUCCUCGCUCGCUUUUUUGGUUUCUCUUUUGUCUCUUCAGUGCCAUCGCUGAGAGCAUUCACAUUCGUUUUCGACAUUCGUUCUUUUUGCUAGAUCUGGAGUCAAGAUGAGCGCCGUCACCAAAUUUGGGUUCGAGUACCAGACUGCCACUAUCAAUGGCGUCGAGUACAACUACAUCCACGCCGAGCCGGCGGGUAAGGUGGUAGGCACAAUCUUCCUCAUCCACGGGUGGCCCGAUAUGUCCCUGGGAUGGCGCAACCAGAUCCCUUACCUCCUGUCCAAGGGCCUCCGGGUCAUUGCUCCGGACAUGAUGGGUUACGGAGGUACUGAUGCUCCCGCCGACGUCAACUACUACACAUUCAAGCGUGCCUCUGAUGACAUCGCCACCCUUGCCAGUCACCUCGGCCUCUCGCGCAUCAUCCUGGGCGGCCACGACUGGGGCGGAGCGGUCGUCUACCGCGCAGCCCUCUGGCACCCGGAGCUGAUCUCGGCAUUCUUCGUUAUCAGCACCCCCUUCGCACCUCCCCGUCGGGCCUACGUCGACCAGGCCACCGCGCUGCCUACGCUGCACUACCAGCUGCAGUUCCGCACCGACGCCGUCCAGGACUACAUUGGCCUCGGCGACGUCCAAAACGCCACCCGCGUCCGCCAGAUCCUGAACACCAUCUACGGCGUCAGGCUGCCCAGCGGCGCAUCAGCCUUCAAUUCCAGUGGCGCCGGCUUCGACUUUGACCUUCUCGACGGCGUAACGACGGACACGCCGCUGCUGGGCGAGGAGGAGCUCGAUUACUACGUAGAGAACUAUGCCGGCAGCGACCCCUUUAACAGGACGCUCAACUGGUACCGCACCGGCGAGCUCAACUGGCAGGACGAGCUUGCGCUCAUUCCCAGCAACGCUACCGCGUAUACGGCCAAGUACUCGCAGCCUGCGCUGUACAUUGGCGGUUCGCUUGACUCGGCGCUGCCUCCCAUCUUGUCCACCGGUAUGGAGACGUACUUCGACAGCUUGUCAAGAGGCGAGGUGAACGGUACGCAUUGGGUCAUGUGGGAGAAGCCCGAGGAUGUGAACGGUUAUGUUGGCAACUGGCUGAGCAGCUCAGUAUUGGGCAACCUGAGUCUCGGUGUCAAUGUCACGGCUGGAAGCGCUCUGGCGUUGCUGUGAUCGGUGACAUGUCGGUGGAGGAGGGCCUUGCCUGGGAGUCGCAUGGCACGGACAACGAUGCGUAUGAUUAUGGAAAUCAGCAUAUAAUAGAAGAAUAUUACCAUUGUACAGUUGAAUUUCCAGAACGUGCCGCUGUGAGAGUUGAACGCCAUCAUCCGAUCGACCUCAUGUCCUGAAGUAGUCGACACUGCAAGGAAAAGUAUGGCGGGGUGAGGGAUGUGCGAUGAUGCAGUAGAGC